AUGAAAUCUUCCCGCAGGAGCCUCUUGUACUGUGAGCUCGAGUUCCUUUUGACGUCAGCACUGGACUGCUAUAUCAACAACCAGUUUAACGCUGGGCGACUAGACGCCGAUAAGUACAAAAAGGUUGUCGAUGCCUGGCACCAAAAGGGACGCCCAAAGGUCGUGGGCUUUCGCUACGAUCUUGAGACUCAAUUGGAUCUUGUGUUUCUUCAUAUGCAGGACUUCCGGUUUUAUGGCGACCGCGCUAGCGUACCGGCAGCGAUCUCGGGAAUCCUAGAGGCGAUGCGAGUGAAUGCGCGCGCAUUGAGAGUUCGCACGUUCUGUCAGCCAGACUCGGUCAUGGCCAAGCAACUACUAGACUCGCAAAGCCUUCUGAAUCUUCUCGGCAGCGCUGAGCAGCGCCAGAUUCAGCUUGCUGAGGUCGUGCAAUUUUUCAAAAUUGUCCUUGAGCGUGAGCACAAAUUGCAGCGCACCGAAGAGGUUCGCGGAUUACCCCGGUGA